AGACUCUCACGUUGCAUCUCCCCUUAUUCUCCCCAUUAAAAAUGGCAUUUUGCUUCUCUUGAUUUCAUGUUGAUGUUACCAGUGCAACCAGAAGGUGCCAGAGCUUCUCCACCCUCAACCUAUGAUGGCUCCUCAAUUUAUGCAUUGUUUAGUUUAGCUUAGAGCCGGAUCGCUUUGUUCUGUGAUUUUAUCGUACAUGGAAGAUUGUUUAGAUGCGGUUAUUGUGGCAUUCUUCAAGUGAAAAUAGAACAGGUUGAUUGUUGAAGGAUGAAGUAGUACAUUUGUUGAAAUCUUGUUCACUGAAAAGUCGAUAUUGUUUCUGGUUUUCUACUUCGUCGGAGCCCCUUGCCAGACUCGGAUAAUUUCUCCUCUCUCUGUUUAUACAGCGAUGGGUCCUGAAGACUGCUUUAGGACAAUAGUCAGCCUCAAGAAAGCAAAGGAAGGAACUUCCAGACAAGCAAAGGUGGAACUUUGCGCUGCAAAGUCAAAUGGUUCCAAGCAGGAUUCACAAAGAAAGUCGGGUAUUCCUGGAAAGCGAAUUGAAGAUACCGCGGCAACUAGGAUUCAAGCUGCAUUUCGUGCAUUUCUGGCAAGAAGGACACUGUAUCGGCUGAGAUGUGCAGUGAGGUUCCAAAGCUUGACUCAUGGUCUACCAGCAAUACAGCAAGUGUCGACCGCACUUGGCUAUUUGCAUUCGUGGAGCAGGAUCCAAACCCAGAUCAGAGCUCGACGGAUUAACAUGGUCGCCGAGGCACACAUGAGGCAAAAGAGACUGGAAAAUCAAUUGAAGUUUGAAGCCAAGCUCCAGAAGCUAGAGCUCGAAUGGUGUGGAGGCCCUGGAACGAAGGAGGACAUCCUUGCAAAGAUACAGCAAAGAGAAGCAGCGGCGGCCAAGCGCGAGAGAGCCCUGGCAUACGCCUUGUCUCAUCAGUGGAGGGCUAACUCCAGCUACUAUCUCAGUCCACCUUCUUACUGUCUAGACAAAGAAUGUUCGGGUUGGAGCUGGUUGGAACAUUGGAUUGUGACCCAGCCCUGGGAAAUCCGACCUCAGUUGAAUUCAACCGAGACAACGGCGAAGCAACUCGGCAAAUCAGCGAAGCCACAUAAUACCCAAAGGUCAAAACAGCUUCAACUGCACUAUCGAAACCUGGCAACUAAGAGGCAAUUACCAUUCUCAUGCAAUUCCAGAUUGGCAAUGUGACAUAAGCUUAUGAGAUUCUUGAGUUCUUUAUUCCAAGAUUGAGAUGAGGUUUGUGUGAGUAGCUGCUGCAGUCUCUAAGAGGUAAGGGACAUAAGUCAUACUCAGGAAUGGUGUAAUCUUUCCUUCACGGACAACUAAAUAUUUGACGAACUAAAUUAUGAAUUGUCGCUGGUUGCCUUUUAAUAAAUCUGGUGGAUGUAACUCUGCCGAGCUCUGGGAUUUGGAUCGUUCAAUAAUGUGUGUUAUAAUAUGUAUCUUUAUCAUCGUAUUAGACUCCAGCCCAGAAAAGAAACCAAACAACAGUAUAGCCUCAUUGUCUGUAUUUGCUUUAGACUGAUCAAAAGAAACAUAAAAAACGGUAGAGUCCAACUCAUGCAUCAAUCAAGAAAGAUCAUCUCCCAAUAGUUUUAAUCAAAUGAAGCUCAAGUGCCCACCGCCCACGGACAUCGGCUAAUUCACCAAUCGCAGCAAAAUCCUAUUCAUCUUCGAACUAUUGGUUAUCUACUCAUCGGACACUUCAUGCACUAGUGCACCAAGUUCCCGCGGUUGAGAGCUCGAGCUCCUUUUUUGCUCUCGGAUUCGCUUCUGAACACAGGCGUAUCGUAGAGGCUAUACAGAUGGUGUGAACAUUAUAUGCCCUCUAAGACAAGGCUUAGUUCCAGGUUUGGUAGAGCUACCAAGCAUGGGACAACCACUUCAAUUUCUCAACGUCCACGCAAAGACGCCCCAGGUGCUUUUAAUGUCUAUGCAAAGCAAGGAUUUAUUUCCAGCCAGACUCGAAGAGAUUUUUUCCAGCAUGCACUAAAGUUUCCAGAGGAUAGGGGGACCAUUGCCAGAUGGGGAAGUACCUCAUAUUCGGUAAUAUCCAUCUGUCAAUUCUUGUUCUUCCACAACUGUGUUAGCUCAACCUAUGUACUCAUCUAAGUGCGCGGCGCUCUGGCGCUUCGCAGUAACUAGCAAGCAAUUCUUCUCGUAGGACCCAAGAAUAAGGCCAGAGAACAGGUGGUGAUGCUCUAAUUUAAGUGACCCAGGUUGUGAACGGAUGACGGUCCUGUUUCGACAAGGUUGCAUUCGCAUUGAGAACGCCCCCCCAGGAUGCAUUUCAUACUCGAUUCGACAUCGGAAACCCCCUGUUGGCUUCCAUUUCUGAAAUCUGACCGAAAAUCCUACCCAAGUUCUUCUGGACCAGUUUUGUGGAAAUAAACAAAGUGACACUAUCUUCAGCAAAAUGGGGGAUUCUUCUUCUUUUUCCUUUUCAUUACCAUGCAAGGAGGGCUUUAAAAGGUCCAUUUCAAACCCAUCCCAACAGUUUGCUACUCUGUCUGAGAGUUCACAGAAAAUGACAUAAGGUCCCCAGGUGCGAGUGAGUGAUGACAGAAUAGAAGUAUUACUGUUUUAAUUCUUACACUCCUCUCACCAAGGGGUUGCAAAAUGGGCUAAUUGUUCCACCAAAAAGAAGCAAGAAAUGCACAGAGAGAGCAAAAAACUCUCUUUCAAUCUACACCUCAAACUGACCAUUUUUAAACACCGGAAAGAGACCCCCUCGCAUCCCUUGUGAACGAGAAAGCAACUAGAAGUCUCAAAAAAUUGAAUAUCCAACCACUCACCCAAACCAAUUUACUAAAUUUGCAGUGAUUGCCUAGUCAAAGAAUCUUCAAAAGAACGUCAAAUUCAGAAUGUGUGUUUUGGGAGACGGGGCUGCCCACUGUCGGAUUCAUUUGUUUCAGGGUGGAAAACAGGGGAUGCCACGUUUCA